AUGGAUUCAAUAAGUCUGCUCGUCGGUCCGCCUCCAAAUGCAAAUCGUGCUUUGACUCAAGACGAUUUCGAUUCUCGCUACAACUUCGUCAAAUUCCGCAAGAAAAAAACGAACGGCGAGCUGUUUCGUCAAUAUACAAUCGGCGAAAAUUGGGCCCUUUAUCAGCCGCCAAAUUCGUGGGCUCAGAUUUUGCCGAUUGCCACGUGGAUUCAGAAGUAUCAUGUGAAAGUGAGUCGAAAAUCAAGCAGAAAAUUUGGGGAGUAACUCAAUUUGCUCGAUUUUUGAUGGGCUCAAAAUUUUUUGGAGCUAAAAAUAGAUCAAAAAUUGAGGAAGAGGCGAUAGAAAAGUUGGUGGAGAACAUUUUUUUUUUGAAAAAAUUGCAAAUUUUAGUUUAAAAAUCCACAUGGAUCUCUAGAGAGUACUGUAGACCAACUUUUUUGCACUGAAAUUUGUGCUACAGUAACCCAAAUCGCAAAUAAAAUCCACGUGGAUCUCUAGAGAGUACUGUAGACCAACUUUUUUGCUUUAAAAUUUGAUCUACAGUAAUCAAAUUAAAUUUGGUGUUAAAAAAAUCCACGUGGAUCUCUAUAGAGUACUGUAGAUAACAUUUCUGGGGCUACAGUAACCCAAUCAAGUUUAGUUUAAAAAAUCCACGUGGAUCUCUAGAGAGUACUGUAGACCACCUUUUUUUUUGCUUUAAAAUUUGAUCUACAGUAACCUAGGCUUGUUUGGUGUCAAAAAAUCCACAUGGAUUUCUAGAGAGUACUGUAGACCAUCUUUUUUGCACUAAAAUUUGAUCUACAGUAACCAAAUCAUGUUUGGUGUCAAAAAAUCCACGUGGAUCUCUAGAGAGUACUGUAGACCACCCUUUUUUCACUUAUAUUUGAUCUACAGUAACCUAGGCUUGUUUGGUGUCAAAAAAUCCACGUGGAUCUCUAGAGUACUGUAGACCGAAUUUUUGGGACCAAAAUCCACAGUAACCCUGCCAUAUUUGGUGUCAAAAAUUCGCAAAUUUUCUUUCAGGACACCCUUUGGCGUGACAUUUUGGGUGCCAUAUUCCUCUCCUCUCUUCUCAUUCCACAAGCAAUCGGUUUCGGCGCCAUCAUCGACAAUAUUCCCGCGGCGUGUUUCAGCCUUUUCCUACCGCAAAUUGUCUAUGCGUUUUUCGGAUCGGCUCAACAUUCCAGUCUGGGCUCAAUCUCAUUUUCAGCUAUUAUGAUUUAUAGCUCGAUACAGUACUCGGCAAGCAGUUUGGCCGCCAUUUCGUUGUGUUGUGCGGUUAUUCAGGUAGAUCAAAUAGGGGGGGGUACUGUAGGAGUACUGUAGGUAGAUCAAAUUUUGGGCGCCAAAAAUCGGCUUUUGAAAUUUUGAUCUACAAAAAUUCCAAAAUUUGGCGCGAAAAAUUAGGCUACCGUAACCUGGAAUCCACGUGGCAUCUAAGGUUAUUGUAGAUCAAAAAGACACACAUUUUUGGCGCCAAAAAAUUUGAUCUACAGUAUCCCGUGGAUUUUCGAAAUUUUUUGGCGCCUGAAAAUUUUUCGCGCCAAAACAUAGGGCUACAGUAACCCGAACGUGGCUUUUCAUGGGCCUGAAUUUUCGACAUUUAAAAAAAAUCCAGCCUGGAUCCGCAAAUUACAGUACCCCUAAACUACAGUACCCAAAACAUUCUGUAGAUCAAAAUUUGCCGCCUAACUCAUAUGCCACGUAGAGAAUUUUGUACGUGAAAAUUUUUGAUCUACAGAAAUUUCCACGUGGAUUUUUUGAGUCUGAAAUUUCGUAACAGCCUAAUUACAGUAACCCAAACAUUUGCAGCUCCUCCAAUUCCUGCUCCCUCUGGAAUUCGUCUUCUCCUACAUCUCGACAAGUUCGCUUUCCGGAUUUUCCUUGGGCCUUUUCGUCCGCAUCGUCGCGCGCUUCUUUCCGCAAUUCCUCAUCUUCCGCGGCCACGACUGCAAACCCAACGCGGCAAUCGUUCCGCAACCCCUCAAUGCCACCCUCGCGGCAACCGCCAGCAGCAGAUCUCUUCAAUGUUUCUACGCGGCAAUGCCGUGUUUGCGCGCGGCGGAUCCGCUUCUGAUUGCGGUCACCGCAACGUGUUGCGUCGUUUUUGUGGCGUUCAAGUGGAGGGUGAAUCGAUUUUUGUUGGCCAAAUUUGGAUUUAGUGCACCGCACGAGUUUUUGUGCCUCGUUUUGGGUGAGUUUUCAGAUUCUAAUCUGAGCAAUGCCUUUCGAAAAAACCGUAGCUCAGAUUAGAAUUCUCAAAUUUUCAAUCUAACCUGAGCAAUGUCUGAAAAAACUAUUGCUCAUAUUAAGAUUCUCAAAUUUUUGACCUAACCUAACUUGUAAGCAAUACCUAAAAACUAUUGCUCAGAUUAUAAUUUUCGUAGCCUAACCUGAGCAAUACCUUGAAAACCGUAACUCACAAUCAGAUUAAAAUCAUCAAACUUUUAAGCUGAGCAAUUUCGAAAAAGCAUUGCUCAUAUUAAUACCAUCAAAUUUUCGUCCUAACAUGAGCGAUGCCUCGAAAACCGUAACUCAGAUUAAGAUUCUCAAAAUUUUCAGCCUAACCUGAGCAAUAUCUAAUAAACAUUGCUCAGAUUAAAAUCCUCAAAUUUUCAGCCUAACCUGAGCAAUGCCUCGAGAACCGUAGCUCAGAUUAAGAUUUUCAAAUUUUCAGCCUAACCUGAGCAAUCUCGAAAAAACCAUGGCUCAGCUUAAAAUCCCCAAAUUUGUUUUAACCUAAACCUGAGCAAUUUUGAAAAAAUUUAUUGCUCAGAUUAAGAUUCUCAAACUUUUAAUCUGAGCAAUGCCUCGAAAACCGUAGCUCAUAUUAAAAUCCUCAAAUUUUCAACCUAAUCUGAGCAAUGUCUGAAAAAGCAUUGCUCAGCUUAAGAUUCUCAAAUUUUCAGCCUAACCUGAGCAAUGCCUCGAAAACCGUAGCCCAUAUUAAAAUCUUCAAAUUUUCAGCCUAACCUGAGCAAUGCCUUAAAAACCUUAGCAUUGCUCAGAUUAGAAUUUUCAUAGCUCAUUUCUAAUCUAACCUGAGCAAUAUCUGAUAAACAUUGCUCAGCUUAGAAUCCUCAAAUUAAUAAUCUAACCUGAGCAAUACCUGAAAAGGCAUUGCUCAUAUUAAGAUUCUCAAAUUUCUAACCUAACCUGAGCAAUGCCUCGAAAAAACUAUUGCUCAGAUUAUAAUUCUCAAAUUUUCAACCUAACCUGAGCAAUGCCUCGAAAACCGUAACUCAGAUUAAAAUCCUCAAAUUUUCAGCCUAAUCUGAGCAAUGCCUCGAAAAAACUAUUUCACAGAUUAGAAUUCUCAUAAUUUUCAGCCUAAUCUGAGCAAUGCCUCGAAAAAACUAUUUCUCAGAUUAGAAUUCUCAUAAUUUCUAACCUAACCUGAGCAAUGGUAUUCUGAAAAUUUCCAGCCACAACCACGCUCUACUUGUUCGGCACCUCCCCAUCCUCGUCUUCUCCCACACCCACACCCACACCCGCUCCCACCAUCACCCAAAUUCUUCCCACCACCCAUCAUCAUCUCGACUUCUCACUCCCCGCCAUCCGCUUCUGGACCUUGCCCUCCACCUCAACCCUUCUCGACAGCCUCGCCAUCUCAAUGUACACCAUGUGCGCCCAUAUGUCAAUCACAAAAAGCAUAGCCGAGGAGAAGAUGUACAAGGUGCACAGGAAGCAGGAACUACUCUGCUUCUCUAUCAUCUCGUUCAUCAGUUCACUUUUCCGUCUGCUUCCGCCGAGUUCGAGUUAUGGGAGUAGUCAGAUUAACAUUGAGGCGUCGAAGUUUUCACUGGUUGCCAAUGUUUUGUCGCUGAUUCCGACGGCCAUUUUGAUACAAUUCGGACCGCCCCUUUUUAAUGUUCUACCGAUGGUGAGUUAGGGGAGGAAGGGAGUUAGGCUAAGUCCAGAAGAUUCCUAGGGGCUGGGUCCAGCCUUUGGGUUAAGCCUAAGGUCUUGCCUAAGCCUAAGCUCGAGCCUAGAAUUUUAGGCUAAGUCUAGGUUACGCCUAAGCCUAAGUCAAAACCUAAGCCUAAGGUCUUGCCUAAGCCUAAGUCAACGCCUAAGCCUGAAGUCUUGGGUGGGCCUAAACUCGAGUCUAGAAUUUUAGGCUGAGUCUAGGUUACGCCUAAGCCUAAGGUCUUGGCUAAGCCUAAGGUCUUGGCUAAGCCUAAGGUCUUGGCUAAGCCUAAGGUCUUGCCAACGCCUAAGGCCUUGGGUAAGCCUAAGCUCGAGCCUGGAAUUUUAGGCUGAGGUUACGCCUAAGCCUAAGGUCUUGGCUAAGCCUAAGGUCUUGGCUAAGCCUAAGGUCUUGGCUAAGCCUAGCCUAAGGUCUUGGCUAAGCCUAAGGUCUUGGCUAAGCCUAAGGUCUUGCCUAAACCUAAGGUCUUGCCUAAACCUAAGGCCUUGGCUAAGCCUAAGGUCUUGGCUAAGCCUAAGGUCUUGGCUAAACCUAAGGUCUUGGCUAAGCCUAAGCCUUUGCCUAAGCCUAGGACCUUAGAUAAGCCUAAGGUCUUGACUAAGCCUAAGGUCUUGGCUAAGCCUAAGGUCUUGCCUAAGCCUAAGGUCUUGACCAAGCCUAAGUCCAGAUUUUUCCAACCCAUUGCUCAGAUUAUACAACAUUUUCCAGUGCGCAAUCGGAGUUAUGGUAAUUGUCUCGCUGAGUGGCUGGUUCAGCGACCUCAAAUCGAUACAUCAAACUAUAUACGCUUCCACGUGGGAUGCGGUGAGUUAAGGGAACUUAAUCUGAGCAUAGGCUUGUGGGGUGUCUUUCGAAGCAGAAUCCCAAGAAGGAUUCUCGAAAUCCACGUCAUAACCAUCCAAUUUUUCUAGUCGCUCGCAAUUCUGGCUCUCUUCUCGGCUCUCCUCAUCCCCAACACAUGCACCGGUUUUCCUGACAAUGUUGGCGUGUCAAAUCUUUGCCGUCAGUUUGCGCGUGCAAUUUCCGCAAAUCGAAGUGUUGGCCAAACUCAGCGAUGCGCAUUUCGCGGAAGAGACGCGGUAUGAGGGAGAUUGUAUGGAUACGCCGAUGCGGAUCAUCCGCUUGGGUGGUCCGUUGCUCUCGGUGAAUUGUGAGCAGAUUCGGAAUGAGCUGAUUAGGCAGGCGGUGAUUGUGAAGGGGUUGAUUGGUAUUGGGAUUGGCACGAGGACGGCGAGUUUGAGGAGUCAGUGUCCGUCGGCGGUUGGACCCAAGGUGAGGAGAGGGUCGGUUUGGGCCUAGGCCUAGCUUAGGUUAAGCCUGGGUUAUACUAAGGGCUAGCUUAGCUUAGGCUUAGCCUAGCCUUAGGCUAAGCUUAGGUUAGGCUUAGGUUUAGCCUAGCCUUAGGUUAGGCUUAGGUUAGCCUUAGGUUAGGCUUAGCCUAGCUUAGGUUGGGCUUAGCCUAGCUUAGGUUAGGCUUAGCCUAGCUUAAGUUAGGCUUAGCCUAGCUUAGGUUAGGCUUAGGUUAGGCUUAGGUUUAGCCUAGCCUAGAUUAGGCUUAGAUUAGCCUUAGGCUUAGCCUAGCUUAGGUUAGGCUUAGGUUAGGCUUAGGUUUAGCCUAGCCUAGAUUAGGCUUAGAUUAGCUUAGGCUUAGCCUAGCUUAGAAUAGGCUUAGCCUAGCUCAGGUUAGGCUUAGCUUAGCCUAGCUUAGGCUUAGCCUAGCCUUAGCUUAGGCUUAGCCUAGCCUUAGCUUAGGCUUGAGUUAGGCCUAAGUUAGGGGUAAGUCUAGCCUAGAUGAGGCUUAGGCUUAGGCUUCUGAAAUUUAGAAAAAAAAAUUUUAAAAAAAUUAAAAAAAAAAAAAAUUUUUUCAAAAUUUUUAAUUUAAUUUCAAAUUUUAAUUUUAAAAAUUGAAAUUUAAAAAAAUCCACGUGGCAAUAAAAAAACAAAAAGUCCAAACAUGCUCAAAAAUAAUGAAAAUUAAAAAAAAAAAAUUUCUGAGCCCAUAAUUUCGUUGCCAAAAAUCCCUCUCCCAAGCUCAAAACAAAUCCGUUUCAGUUUUCAUUACAGGAAAGUGUGACAGCUCGUGAAUCGGUAAAUCUAUCGGCAAACAUCACAAUUAUUCAGGAGUGCGAUAAUUCGGUGGUGAGUUCACUUUUUUCAAUAACAUGAGCAAUCAUUUCUCAUUGCUCAUAUUAACAUGUAUUUCAGGCUCUUCCGAACGGCGACGUUCCGCCAAUCGUUCGAUUUUUGGUGUUGACUUUUAAUGGUGUCACAGCGAUUGACAAGGAUAUGCUGACGUGUUUGUCGCAGGUUGGUGUUUGGGCAUUGCUCAGGUUAAAGAGGUGCUUGGGAAGCCUUGAGAAGCCUUGGGAAGCCUUGGGAAGCCUCGGGAAGCCUUGGGAAGCCUCCAGAAGCCUUGGGAAGCCCUGAAAAGCCCUGAAAAGCCCUGGGAAGCCUUUCUUUAACAUGAGCAAUACAUUGCUCAUAUUACAGGUGUACGGUGAUUUGAACGCGGACAACAUCAAAUGCCUCUUUUCCGGUGUUCCGGCGCUCAUCCGCGAUCAAAUGGAGCAUUUGGGUUUUUACAACACAAUUCCGCGCACACAAUUCUUCCCGAAUAUACAGGAGGCACUGAUUUGUGCCAGGAAUACGGUAGCACCAUUUCAUAUGAGGUAAGGGUUUGCGUCAACACCGGAUUUGCGUCAGUGAAGAGUCUUGGCUUCGAGUUGCUUGGGUGAUUUGGAGUAUUUUGACACCAAACAUGACUAUGUUUUGAAGUGCACCAGAAAUGCGCCAGCAUAGGGUUUUGUUGACGCAUUUUCGGUGCAACCCAGAAUACAGUCAUGUUUGGUGUCAAAAUGCUUGAAAUCAAAAAAGGAAUUAGAAAAUAGCUAUCAAAAAUUCUUUUCACUGACGCAAAUCUCGUGCUGACGCAUUUUUGGUGCACCACAAACUCAAUAAUUUCAGCGUGUCAAUGAAUGGAUAUCGAGAUGUGAUUGCGCUAAGUUGUGCGGUCUCGAACGCAGACCUGAAUCGUGCCUCGCCAGAAGCAGUUUAA